UCGCACGAUGCAUUAUUAUUAUUGUUGUUAUUACCAUCAUCGUCAUCAUCGCUUAGUCGUCGUUGUCGUCGUGUGUGCGGUUUUGUUCUGCGCGCGUUUCCUCCAGCAGUCGGUCGCGCGUGUUGCACAGAAAUCACGACUCUCGGUGCUUUUUUUUGUCCGCGUGCACCGCGACCACGGUGCCUAAAAUAUCUUCUGGUCGCGUACAAAACCGUAUACCAGCGGUAACCAUCAUCUUAUACCUAUAUAGUAUUAUUUACCGAUUGUGACUUAUACCCAGCUUACCAGCUAUUACCUGCCUUUAUAAAAUUAUUGCACGUAUAGAAGCACCUGUCCGCGAUCACACAGCUGUAGUAUACCGCAGCCUUCUACACUUGCGGAAAAUCAAUCUUUACGAACACUUCGCACUGCAGUGGUUAGGUUAACGCGACGACAUGGAAAGACAACGGGCAGAGUCGACGUUCACCAUCAUUUCAAAGGUCAAGAAUUCGCCCAACGUGAACACAGUGGUGAAAUGGCUAACGUCCAACAAGCUACUCAUAUUCAUUUUGGUAUCGGUCGUAUUCGGAGUAAUCCUGGGAUUGAUAUUAAGACCUCUGAACCUUAGCAGUGAGACUAUUACUCUAAUUUCAUAUCCCGGUGACCUUUUUUUGAGGACUUUAAAGUUGAUGGUGUUACCAUUCAUCAUAUCAUGUUUAAUUAUAGGUGCUGCUAAUUUGGAUAUAAGUAAAAAUGGCAAUGUUGCAGUCCGAACUAUUGUGUAUUUUGUCCUUACAUCCGUUUUUAAUGUCUGCUUGGGGUUAACGCUCGGUCUUCUCGUUCAUCCUGGCAGUCCAGAUUUAAGGUCAACAAAUAUCACGUCAUUUUCAGGACCCAAAAAAAUGAAUGUUAUGGAUGGAUUUUUAGAUAUGGGAAAGAAUUUAUUGCCGGAAAAUUUGUUUCAAGCUACAAUUCAACAAACAUUAACCGAGUAUGAGACCGUCAUGGGUGAAAAUAACACGAAAAUUUUGAAAAAAGUGGUUAAAUACAAGGACGGUACAAACACAUUGGGCAUAAUAUUCUUUUGCCUGAUCUUCGGAACCGUACUGGGCACGAUGGGUGAACGCAAGCGACCCGUUUUGAACUUCUUCACGGUCACCUACGAAGUAAUGCAAAAGAUACUCACCGGAGUGAUUUGGUUUACGCCCAUUGGAGUGGCCAGCGUCAUAUGCGGUAAGAUCAUCACACUGGCACAACUCACCACCACCCUGGUCCAGCUCAGCUUGUUCAUCGCAACAACGGUCGGCGGUUUCCUAUUCUAUCAGCUGAUAGUCAUACAAGUAAUUUAUUUCGUAAUCGUGAAGAAGUCUCCAUGGCCGUACUACGUUUCACUAGGACCCGCUCUCGCGACCGCCUUUGCUACGGCUUCCAAGUCAGCAUCUCUUCCAAUAACAUUCAAAGUGUUGGACGAAAAGUUAAAGAUGAAUCCAAAAAUCACUAAAUUUGUCCUUCCAAUCGGUACGAUCAAUAUGGACGGUUCAGCUCUGUACCUGAGUGUAGCGCUAUUAUUCUUGGCGCAAAUCAAUAAUUUGCAACUAGGAAUUGGAGAAAUUUUCACUAUCGGGUUGGCUUGCACGGCUGCAAGUAUGUCUUCAGCCGCUAUUCCGUCGGCGGCCAUCGUCUUGGUCGUCAUGCUGUGUAGUGUGAUAAACAUACCCACUGAAGACGUAUCUUUGCUGUUUGCCGUCGAUUGGCUAGUGGACAGGUUCAGAACUAUGAACAAUCUAAUCGGAGACUGUUACACGGUGGCCAUUGUUCAGCAUUUGUCCAAAGAGGAAUUAGAACAGGACGACCAGAAAGAAGCCGAAGAAGCGCAUGUCAACGGCACGUUCGUUAUGCAAGAACAAGAGCAAAACGGACAGACAAAUCAUAGUUUUUCUACCAACACACCAGUAUAAAAUAUAUAUUAUUUUCAAUACCUACGACAACUGCGACGUUUUCAGUAUUAUCAUGUAUACGUAUAACGGAGCUGGCUGUUAAAUCGCACGUGCUGCAGACGACAAUUCAUAUAUUAUUAUGACUCGAACGUAUUAUUAUGAUUAUUAUUAUUAGUAUGUAUUAGUAAUUUACUUAUUUUUAUUUUUAUUAUUCCGUGUUCAUAUGUGAGACCAUUUACAAUGCGUACCUAUUAUAUAUUUUUUCAUGAAUGUUUUUUUUAAUAAAGCGCGAUGGUACAACAUACAUUAAUAAAUGAUUUAUACUUUAAAAAUCGGUAAAUCUGGAUGACGAGUAAACUAGAAAAAACUGACAAAAAUUGUAUCAUAUUUUACUAUUUUAACCUUUGUGACCAACGAUUAUGAUAUUAUAUCCUCCCUGGACCAGCUACGCGAACAGGGCCUAUAGUGUAGGCGGUUACAAAAAAUUUAAAUCGUUUUUAAAUACAAGUACCGACAUCUAUCGUGUGUAUCGUAACAAAACAC